AAGAAACGGAACGCAGGGCAUAAUUGAAAAGCUUGCAAGUCUCGUAGUUUGGUAAAAUUUGGAUUCCGAACUGGGCUUCACCCUGUUUGCUAGAGUUCUCCUUUGGAAAGUUUCAGUAAUUGGGUCCUGUGCCAAUUUCCUCCACCACUGGAAAGAUCACGUUAGCAACUGAACGGGAAAAGCUGUACGGAACAGGGCCCAUAAGCCAGCCAUACAGCCAUACAGCCAUACUGGGCUAUCUUGGGAAGGCGGGAACGUCAGAUACCUUGUUAAAUAGGGUGAAUCAUCGUGUGUACUCAAACAUAUUAACGUUGGUUAACCUUCGGGCAGUGCUUCCAUUGUACUUAUAACGCUCGAGCCCGCGCUUUCUGUGCUGACUACAAGUCCCCGACCAUGGCCGAACUACCGGCCGAGCUCAUCGUGUUGAUGAGCAACCUGAGUAUCACUCAGCUUGUGGUGGCGGGCAGUGCAGUGCUUUUCCUGACCCUCGUCGUGGGUCGCCUUUUGUUCAACGGCAUCCCGGGCAAGCGGCCACCUGUGUUCGAGGGAAUUCCCUACGUCGGUGGCCUCCUCAAAUUCGCAAAGGGGCCCUGGAAGCUGCUUCAUGAGGGCUAUGCGAAGUAUGGCGAAGUGUUUACCGUCCCUGUCGCGCACAAGCGCGUCACCUUCCUCAUUGGCCCGGAGGUCUCGCCGCAUUUCUUCAAGGCGGGCGACGAGGAGAUGAGCCAGUCUGAGGUGUACGACUUCAACGUUCCUACCUUUGGCAAGGGCGUCGUGUUCGAUGUGGAACAGAAGGUCCGCACCGAGCAGUUUCGCAUGUUCACGGAGGCGCUUACCAAGAACCGCCUGAAGGCCUACGUGCCGCAGUUCACCCGGGAGGCUGAGGAGUACUUUGCCAAGUGGGGCGACUCGGGCAUUGUUGACUUCCGCGACGAGUUCAGCAAGCUGGUCACCCUCACCGCCGCCAGGACCCUGCUGGGCCGCGAGGUGCGCGAGCAGCUGUUCGACCAGGUGGCCGACCUGCUGCACGGCCUGGACGAGGGCAUGGUGCCGCUGUCGGUGUUCUUCCCCUACCUGCCUAUCGAGCCGCACAAGAAGCGUGACAGGUGCCGCAAGGCGCUGUCGGAGAUCUUCGCCAAGAUCAUCCAGAACCGCCGCACCUCGGGUCGCCGCGAGGAGGAUGUCCUGCAGCAGUUCAUUGACGCCAGGUACCAGAACGUGAACGGCGGCCGCGCGCUGACGGAGGAGGAGAUUACGGGUCUGCUGAUCGCGGUGCUGUUCGCCGGCCAGCACACCAGCUCCAUCACCACCUCCUGGUCCGCCAUCUUCAUGGCCGCCAGCAAGGACAAGGGCUGGCUGCCCGCUGCCGAGGAGCAGAAGGCCAUCGUGGCCAAGCAUGGCGCCGAACUCAGCUUCGACGCGCUGAUGGACAUGGAGGUGCUGCACCGCUGCAUCAACGAGGCGCUGCGCAUCCACCCGCCGCUGCUGCUGGUCAUGCGCUACGCCAAGAAGCCCUUCCAGGUCACCACCAGCCAGGGCAAGAGCUACAUCGUGCCCAAGAACGACGUGGUGGCCGUGUCGCCCAACUUCUCGCACAUGCUGCCGCACGUCUUCAAGAACCCCGAGAGCUUCGAGCCGGAGCGCUUCACCAAGCCGCGCGAGGAGCAGGCGCGCAACUACGCCUACCUGGGCUUUGGCGCCGGCCGCCACGCCUGCAUCGGCCAGAACUUUGCGCUGCUGCAGAUCAAGUCCAUUCUGUCGGUGCUGCUGCGCAACUUUGAGUUCGAGCUGCUGGACCCCGUGCCGGACGCGGACUACGAGUCCAUGGUCAUCGGCCCCAAGGCCUGCCGCGUCAAGUUCACGCGCCGCAAGCUGCUGUAAGCGGCGGCGGCGGCGGUAGUGGCGGGCACCUUACACCUAAUUACCCGUUGGUAGUGGUGGUUACACCUAAUUACCCGUUGGUAGUGGUGGUUUGGUGGAGUGAAGCGGGUGCACGGCACCGAGGGCUGUGUGGCGGCAGGACUUGGAUUAGCAUUCCACCAUUUUUGGAAUGUGGACGUUGACAGCAGCAUGUUGGACCGUCCUGGUGUUUGGUGUUGGGUCCUUGUGUGCUCCGCUCUUUUGCACUGUUGGUCUCGUGGCCUUUGGCUAUGGAUAUAGAAUAAAGGGCUGACCAGCGGGGAGGGUGCGUGCAUGGCGAGUGCCGGACACGGGGAUGUCACACGGGUACGUCGCGUCAUUACGCGCGGGGCAGCGGCAUUGGCACCUGUCGGGGCGUGAGCUGAGGUUGUGCGAACUGAGGUUGUGCGUGGUUGAGCUGGGAGGGGUUGGGUGCGAUAUGGGAUGUAGCCGUGUCACUUACCUAAGUGGUGGCCGUAUGGCUAGAACUGAAGGGCUAGUUGCCGUUGGCUCGGUGUUGCUUGCAGGAGCGUGGUGUUGCCUUGGAAGCGCGGUGGGUUGCUGCAGGUCGCCGCGCACAGAGUGGCGUCAACGCGUAAAGGAGCACCUUAACAUUGUUAUAACUGUUAUGGUUGACAAGUAUGCGAGCGGUUCCUAUAUAAGCGGUGCUCUUUUAUAUAUACCGUAUGGCUUGGGUUUUGCAAGCGUGUCGUGUUGGUCUGUAGGGGGUUUUGUACGUGCCCCUAUUCUUUACGUUGAGGGGACGAUUGUCUUGCAAUGCGGUAUUGGUAUCUUGGGGUGCGCAACAACAGGCGGCGCCCCGCGGCGGUUGAAAUAGUACUACUAAUCCAUCUUUGACCGCUGGUUGGAGUGACUGAUUACUGUGCCUUGCUGAGGGGUUUUGGCGCUAACCUAACAGCCAUCUUGGGGCGUUAGCCUAUGUCGACAUGUUUGUAUGCAGCGCGCGUUUUUGAAGGUUUUGUGUUCUCUUGGUUUGAUUCCCAACGGGCGUCUACGGAUCUGUUAACAAACUGAACCUGUAAAUUGCCA